AUGAACGACCCCGACCUAGAUGCACGUAUCGAGGACCAUGUGAAUGAGUACCAGGGAGAGAAGAGCCAGAGUCAAGACUACAGUAACGAUCAGAGUCAGGAGAAGCAGGACGAGGUGCGGUUCGAGAAUGAUGGCUUUCAUAUGACUCCAAGCCGCUGGUGGUUUGCUUCCUCGGCAUUCCCCAUGAUCGCGGGCACCUUGGGUCCCGUUGCCUCCGCCUUCAGCAUCUGCGCCCUCGUCCGCUCAUGGCGACAACACAGACCUCCAGGCACCUCGAUCAGCGAUGCCAAAUUCGUAGCCGAUCCAGAAUGGCUCCUCAUCAUCAAUGCCAUCCAGCUCGCCAUCGCCAUCACCUCCAACCUCUUCCUGCUUCUCAACAUGGCCCGCCGCGUCCGCUUCUCCAUCGCCCAGCCCAUCACCAUCACCGGCUGGUACAUCUCCGCCUUCACCCUUAUGGCCCUCCUAGCCACGGCCGCCGGGCCUUUGCAGCUCCAGCCGAGCCAUGAGUACAUUUGGUCCCAGGCCUUCUUCUACGGUCUCAACGCGGCCGUCCUCUACUUCGUCACCGCCUCCCUCAUGGUCGUCACCUUUUACGGCGCCCAUACUCGCCGCUACCCGAAGGACUUCCAGCUCACCGCUAGCCAACGCACCCUCAUGCUGCAGACCAUUGCGUACCUGUUCUAUCUGCUCAUCGGCGCUCUCGUGUUUGCCAAGCUUGAGGGCUGGAUCUACCUCGACGCUGUGUAUUGGGCCAACACGACCCUCUUCACUAUCGGCUACGGCGACUAUUCCCCCAGUUCCACCCUUGCCCGCGCUCUCCUCAUUCCAUAUGCCCUCAUUGGCAUCGUCACCCUCGGUCUGCUCAUCGGCUCCAUUCGCUCCAUGGUUCUGGAACGAGGCCGUCGCCGUCUCGACGCUCGCAUGGUUGAGAAGCGUCGCCGCACCCUCAUCCGCAAAAUGACCAAACGCGGCGCUGACGUGCUCGUGCCCAUCGACAAUGCCAACUCGCUGGUGCGUCCAUCAACCGGACACUCGUCAGGGUCUGAUUCUGAAUAUAACCGCCGUAAGCAAGAGUUCUCUCUGAUGCGCAGGAUACAACAUGAGGCUACCACGCGCCGUCGAUGGAUGGCUCUCAUCAUCUCCCUCUCGGCCUGGCUCGCCCUCUGGCUCCUCGGUGCCCUCGUCUUCCACGCCUGUGAGAAACCAUACCAGCCCUGGGACUACUUUGACGCCUUUUAUUUUUCUUUCAUUUCUCUGACUACAAUCGGCUACGGCGAGUUGUCCCUCGUGUCGAACGCUGGCCGCGUCUUUCAGGUCGCCUGGACGCUGCUUGCCCUCCCAACCACAACCGUCAUGAUCUCCAACGCCGGCGACACUGUUGUCCUCGCUGUCAAGAAUGCCGUUCUCGAGCUCGGAAACGUCACCAUCCUCCCCGGCGAGCGCGGGUUCAAGGAAGACCUUGCGGUCGUCGUUCAUCGCUUCUCUCUUGGCAUUGUUUCUUCCGAUAAGGCGCCGGCCGACCACGAUGCAGAGGACGAGACGCACGCUUUUCCCAAAGAGUUCUCUCACGCUGUGCGUCGCAACACGUCCUCGCUGGCCGCCAUGGAUGGCAGCGACGGAGACGACGCUGCCGCAGCGUCAGAGUACCACUUUCAUCUCAUCCAGGCCAUCUCCACCGUCUCGACUGCGCUCACAGAGCCCAGCCAGCGACGCUACACCUUUGCUGAGUGGGCCACUUUUCUUCAGCUGCUCGGCGAGGACGAGGCAGACGCAUCAACGCACUGUCGCGCGAAACCCCACGAGCACAAGAGACGGAAGCGUAGGCCUGUGCGGGUCGGAACAGGUGAAGCAAAGGCGCCGGGCCCUGACUUGGAUUCGGGCGAUACGUGGUCUUGGGUUGGUAGCCGGAGCCCGCUCAUGGGCAGCCAGGAGGAGAGCGAGUGGCUGCUGAAGAAGCUGACGCAGAAACUGCAGGAUGAAUUGAAGAGGGCACGGGUCACGGCUCCGGCUAGCCCGGAGUGGGAUGAGGUUGUCUAA